AUGCCAAUUGGAAUUGCUACUACUGAUUUUAAUCACGACAGUAAACUAGAUCUUGUUAUUUCCAGUUCAGGCUCAAACAACAUAGCUGUGUUCUUUGGUGUUAGCCAUGGAGAUUUUACACUAUCCGCAACUUAUUCAAUCAGUGGCACUUCUUAUCCUCGUAAAAUUGCGGUUGCUGAUGUUAACAAAGAUAACCAAUUAGAUUUGAUCGUUGUCAGUUACUUGGGUAGUAAUGUUCGUGUUCUACUACUUGGAUCUAGCUCGGAAGGUUUUCCUGCACAGACAAUAUUUACUGACGGUGCGAGUCCACAUGAAUUGGACGUUGGCAACAUUGACAACGAUACUUGUCCUGAUAUUGUCGUUGCCAACAGUGGUAAUAUUGUCAAUGGUGGAAAAAGCGUUGCUAAGGAUGUUGUACAUGGCGUGAAAGAUGUUGUUAAAAAACCAAUAACUGGUGCUAAAGAAGAAGGUGCUGCAGGUCUAAUGAAAGGAUUAGGUAAAGGUUUUCUCGGCGUCGUCGCGCGGCCAACAAGUAGUGUUGCUAAUCUGACUAGUACAUCGUGUGAUGUUCUCAAACGGACUGUAACACACGGCGAUAUUAUUCAUCGUACUCGACGCUCACGACAUAUCGGAACUGACUUUCUUAUCCGACCUUCGAUCGCUGAUGAAACAAAAGGUCGUUUUAUUUUCAAUAGACUUGAUAAUAAGAAAUACAUUCAGUCAGAUGACUAUAUUGCUCACAUAAAUUGUCUCGAAAAUAAUGUACUUGGUUGGUUUAUGGUCACAUCGAAACACAUUAUGUUCAUCAAAGAUACGUCACAGAGGCCUGAUGUCUACGAAAUUCAAUGGCACUUUCAAUACAAAGAAUUAAACGAAGCGCCGAAGAUGAAUUUUCGGUUGAAUCAAAUCGAAAUCAAUUUAAAAGACGCUAAAUUACGUCGAAGAAUUAACAGACACCGAGAACAUGAAAAGAUUAUUUCGUUUGAAAAUCUUGGUGAUGCUCGAUAUAUUGUUGAUCGAAUUACAGAAAUAAUGCACCCUAGAACAUUAUUUCCACUUCCAUUUUCACUACCACCGUUCAGUCGUCUGAGAAUUAUCAGAAGAUUGAAUGCGAUUUAUCCUGAAAGACCUACCACGAAUGAAAAUUCGGAGAUACCUACGCUAGGAUCGUCCGAUGAAAAUGACCAAGCGCUUGAAAGUAUCGAUCACAUCGGCAUUCUCGGACUUGUCAGUGCGCUCUCAGCUGCUGCUAUUCUUCUCGGCUUUUUUAGCUUAAUCUUUGGCCUUCAACCGGAAGUACCAACUGGUACCAUCCUUCUCUAUAGUGGGACAUCAGCAGCUUUACUAGGUCAAAACGAUCGAUGGUUAUUCUGUAAUGGUUCAGAAGUAUCGCGCCAAAUCUAUCGAAACUUAUUCAGUGUUAUUGGUACUAUAUACGGAAGUGGUGAUGGCGUUAACACAUUCAAUCUACCCGAUUUACGGGCUCGAUUUCCGUUGGGUAGCACAUUAAGCAGUGAUGUGACCAUGCUCUCUGGCGGAUCUUCAACACACACAAUUACGGUUGCUGAGAUGCCUUCACAUAGUCAUGAUCAAGGAUCCUUAGUCACCUCGUACAGCGGUAGUCAUACACAUAAUUACACGGAUCCCGGACAUGAUCAUGGUGGAUCAACAGGUACUCAACCAUUAGGUGCUGGCACUGCUGCUAUGGUCAAUUCCGGUUUACCAGGUAAUGGCGCUGGUACACAUAGUCAUUCGAUUUCCAGCGGUAAGACAAGUAUUACAAUUAACACAGUUGGCGAUCACAACCAUACGAUUAGUGGAUCGACAGGCACGACAGGUUCGAGUCAAGCUAUGAGCUUGAUGCCACCGUAUCAGACAGUUCAUUACAUUAUUCGAACAUGA